GGUGUAGUCUACGGCCAUCUCUUCAGAGACACAGACGACGGCGGUGGCCCUGGGUUGCACAUCGUCGGCCAGCAGCAGCCUGCGAGAGAGCAAGUAUUAUAUCGGAGUGAAGAAGAGUGCGGAGUCGAAAAAUCUUUUGUGUGUUUCGCGUCGGCCAUUAAAACACUCCUCUGGUUGCUCGUCGUCGGGUCGAUCUCGUCCGUCGUACUGUGUGUGUCCCCAGCGCCAUUCAGCAUCAACUAGCCCAGCUCGGUUUUCGGCGAUGAAGAAAAUCAAAUUCAUUCGCUGAAAAUCGCAUUUUUAUCGCGUUUUGUUACGGGAACCGUGUAUACGCAAAUGCAAACUAUACUAGCUUAGUGUGAAUUCGAUAAGGUUGAAGUUCAACGCCGUAUACGUAAAAUUUUAGGAUUAUAAGAGACGGUUCUUGAAGGAGGUGGAGCAGCAGAAGCAGCAGAAGGAGCUUUUUCGGCUCCGGAUUGAAAAAAGAAAAAUCUUGUAAAUUGAAGCAGUGCCACCAGAAGCAAUAAUCAGAAAAAGAAGUGGAAGUGUUUGUUUCCUCCAACGCGUAUUCUAGUGUAUUUUGUGUGUUGUGUAUGACAAGAGAAAAAGAGAGGUGUCAAUAUAUUUUUGGAUCCAUUGAUAAUAUUUAGAGUUCAAGUGUUGUACAGAGUGUGUUUAUGAACUGCUGAAGGCAGUUCUUUUUUUUUGUGCUUCGGAUCGGCUGGGAGUACAUCGAAUAGAAGACUAAAUGGAGGACCCCAACCGGAUGAUGAGCCACGGUGGCCUGAUGCCACCGAACUACGGCAUGCCCACGAACGAUGGCCAAACGGUAGAUAACGACCCCCGCAAGCAGGACAUUGGCGAGAUCCUCCAACAGAUCAUGAACAUCACGGACCAAUCGCUGGACGAGGCCCAAGCGCGAAAGCACACGCUCAACUGUCACAGAAUGAAGCCAGUCCUGUUUGCGGUGCUGUGCGAGAUCAAAGAGAAAACAGUCCUGUCGCUGAGGAACACCCAGGAGGAGGAACCCCCAGAUCCGCAACUGAUGCGCCUGGACAACAUGCUGAUCGCGGAAGGAGUAGCCGGACCGGAGAAGGGCGGCGGAGCAGGUGCGCCUAGCGACUUCAUGUCCCAGUCGGACCUGCCGGGCCAGGACAACGCCAUCGAACACUCGGACUACCGGGCCAAGCUGGCGCAAAUCCGUCAGAUCUACCACCAGGAGCUGGAGAAGUACGAACAAGCCUGCAGCGAGUUUACCACGCACGUUAUGAACCUGCUUCGCGAGCAGAGCCGUACCAGACCCAUCACACCGAAGGAGAUUGAGCGAAUGGUGCAGAUAAUUCACCGGAAAUUCAGCUCCAUCCAGAUGCAGCUCAAACAGUCCACCUGCGAAGCCGUGAUGAUCUUGAGAUCUCGCUUCCUGGACGCCCGACGAAAGAGACGCAACUUCAGCAAACAGGCGUCUGAAAUCCUAAACGAGUACUUCUACAGCCACCUCAGCAAUCCCUACCCCUCGGAAGAAGCCAAGGAGGAGCUGGCCAGAAAAUGUGGCAUCACCGUCUCCCAAGUGUCGAAUUGGUUUGGGAACAAGCGCAUCCGCUACAAGAAGAACAUCGGCAAGGCCCAGGAGGAGGCGAAUCUGUACGCCGCCAAGAAGGCCGCCGGUGCCUCACCGUACUCGAUGGGCGGCCCGCCAAGUGGUGCGGCCACUCCGAUGAUGUCGCCCGCACCCGCCCAGGACUCGAUGGGUUACUCGCUCGGGUCCGGCGGAUACGACCAGCAGCAGGCGUACGACGGCAGCAUGGGGUACGAUCCGAUGGGUGGCCACCAGGAUCUGAGUCCUUGAGAUGCGGAGUACUAGAGCGGCGCUGCUGUAGCGGAGCGCCAGUCUGUCUGUCUGAUCCGGCGUAGUAAAGCUUAGUAAGUUAGAGUGAGUCCUAACCGAUGAUGAUGAGGAUGAGAGUGCGUACGAAUACAGUAGUGGAUAAAAUGAUAAGCACCGCUUUUCGCCCUCCUCUUUGAAUGGUGGAUGGAAUGCAGUGUAGGCAACUGGUAGAAAUUAUCCUAGUUUAGUUCAAAUUCGGGCCAGAGCGAGAUAGGGAUUCUGGGUUUAAUUGUAUGAAGCAGUUAGGUCCAGGAUCAAUAAUGGAGUAAAAGAUUGAUUUGUUUAAGUUUGAAACACUCAAAAGUGGGUUAGUUUUACGUUAAGGAACGAUUAUUUAAAAGCAGUAGUUAUUUAAAUUAUAUCUCAUGAAAAACGUUCACCAUUUGCAUCAAUCGGGUAACUAAUGAAUCGAUUAUUCUUUUUGAAAAUAAGAGGACGAAUUGAGGCAGUGAUUGCUUCAUUCGUCGACGAAUACGUACAAUUUCUCCCAGAAGGUGAUUCUAGUGGUCGUCCUAUCUCCCCGCCGCUCCACGGAUUAGUGAAAUUAUACAUAAAUCAACGCUGCAAUAAUUUUAGUUAUUUACACUAUGGGAAGCGCAUUUCUAUCCUACUUUUACAAACAUCCGCCCAGAUGCCAACAGCAGCGUCUUGUUUAUAUUUAAUGCGAGCGCAUACACUACGAAAGCCUAAACAAAUCACACCGUUCGGUGUUUGCAUUCGAUUCGAGAUUGAUUGAUUUGCGUGCUUGGUUUGGGCAUUUUACUACACUACUCUAUCGCAAUACAUCACAACUAAGGUAAGUGGGCCAGUUAUGGACAUUGUGGUUCUCUAUUUGAACAUGCUUCGUUUUUUUGAAAAUGUUCGUACAAGUUUUAGAUGAUAUUUUUCAAAUUUCGUUUGAAAACCUCACGAAAAAUAUAUCCCACAAUAAUGGACUUCAAGAUUUGCUUGAUUGAUGACAGUAAUAGAACCUGUCAAAAGUCCGUGUGAAACAUAAAAGUUUGAAAAUACUGUAAUAUGUUAAUAAUGAUCCACUACAUCGGUAACUGGUACGCUUACCCUAUACCAUAGCAUUGUUCCUGAAACCCUGUGUGUUUACCUCUCCGCAACAGAUUCUCCUAAUUGACCUACACGAAAUCCACUAACGCGAAUAAGUAAGCAAGCAAGCAACGUUAAGAAUACUUCAAUUCUACCGAUAGAGCAUAGUUUAAAAAGGAAACAAACUAUUGUGUAUACCAUUAGACGAUAGGGAAAAAAAGAGAAACACAAAACGAUACUAUUACUGUAAGUCUCAUGAUCCAACGCAAUGAUCCGGCUCACAGCCGGCAAUGGAGAAACAAACAUCCACCAUUAUCCAAGUUGGCCAUCAACGUGGCCCUGAUAAAGCCCAUUCGGGGUCUAUCCCGGAUGGGUCAGCCACACUCACAUAAAUAUACGUAAAUUAAAUUAGAUCAGAGUUAGUGCAACCAGAAGAUUAUGCUACAAAAUUAUUUUCUUUGUCUAGCAAAUUUGGAACACAUCCAAACAAAGCUAUUUUUAGAGUAGACUGCAUUUGGAGCAUUUUCAUUUCUUCCAACUUGAAAAUGAAAAACCUUGUAGACGAAUAAAAAACAGAAUUACAUACUCUUCAAUCCACACUAGAAAGGAAACCAACCAACACAAGAAAACACACACAACAAGUAUACAAUUUUCAAAGUUUUUAAAAACUUUUCGAAACGAUCAAAAAAGAAGUAAAAUCGAAACCCAGUUAUACGAUUCGCUAUACCAAAAUUUAGCUCUAUCCCCGCCAGAAAGGAUUUGUACUUAAAAGUUAUAGAGUCGCAGCAAAAAAAAACUAGCAACCUUGUCAUUUACACUAACAUAAACCACAGAAGGUGUGCAUGUGUGUGAGCCUGUGACAGCAACGCUAAACCUUUAAACCCAUACACAACCACACACGCUGAGAACAAACAAAAAAUAUUGACAAUAUGUGCAAGCGAACGGCAAAAUGCUAAACGGGACAAAGACUAGAUUCGAAUACUUCCCUAUCAUUCUUGGUUUUAUGACGGUUUUGGAUCAGUCUAAAAACCAAAUUUCGGUCCUCAAAACCGUGAUAAAACCCUAAAUAGUUCUGGGAAUGACACCAGACGGAAUCUAGCAUUAGCUCGAAUCUCCCUGAGGAAACCUGUGUGACAAUUUAGAGAACGCGAGUUGAUGAAACAAAAAAUUAAGCGAACAAAUCAUUUGUAUACGAUAUAAUAAUAAUGAAAAAAAACUAUUGAUUAAUAAAAAAAGUUUGAAAAUAUACUAUUUAAAGCUACCAAUUAUUAAUGAACAAAAACUAUUUUCCAAUCAUUUUAAUAGAAAAUUUCAGUUUCGGGAAAAAUAUAAAACAUCAAGAGAGAAAAAAAAAAACAAAAUUAAAGUAAUAUCUAGUGGCUUUCUACCGUGUUAAGAUAUGGCAAACGAUCCGACGACGACGACAUCUACCGCGCAAAUCAGGUUUUAAGUUCCCUAACUUGCCAGGAUCGAAACUUCUGGCAGCACUUCUAAACAGCGCAAGAGUGCUUCUCAGGAAACCCCUCCCUUCAAAAGAAUUUCGAUCGAUGGUAAUCUUCACGAGCCCGUUCACCGCUGGAAAAACAAACAUCAGAACAUUAUUCGCAUGUAUUCUCGUUACGCACUCAUUUGUUCCGCUUUCGUUUUUUGUUUAUGGUUGCUGUUCAUCAAUUUGGUUGUGCGCGUUGCGCGAGUUCUUAGUGUGACUCUUUUUGUCAUCAUUUGACUUAGUGUUCGUGUUGUUCUUCUUUGGUUUCUGACACUGCAAUUGAUAUCCACUUUAAUUAAGUUAGCCAGUAUACAGCGCAGUGUUCGAUGCAAUAUUUUACUUUCACUUUGCAUGCAUUUAUUUGAUUGGAUACCAUUUUGUUUUCCGAUAUCAUCCACACACAAACAAACAAAAACUCCCGUUGGAGGAGAAAUAACAAACUGCAUAGAACAAACUAUGGUGUCUCUUGAGAAAAAUUGAGAAAAAAAUGAAGAAACGAAAGUAUGUAUACGAAAACGAUUUAAAAAUCUAUUAAAUCUAUUAAAUUUAAAUUUUAUGUGUACUUAAUUAUAAAUAACUGAAGGAAGAAAUUCAACAACAACAAGAACAACAGCAACAAACAACAAGAACAAAAUUAACACAAAUGUGAAAACGAAGGAUGAAGUGAAAACCUACAUUAAUAAUUAACACUAGUAAAGAUAUGAAGUAAUAUGAUGAAGUAUAAGAAAAAAGUACAUAAAAGGAA